AUGAUUAUUCAUAUGUGCACAAGCCAAGGUGUAAAGUCCUCUUACGCGAUUUUUUAACAGUCACUUAUUAAUGUUGCAAACAGCUGGAUGAAACGAUUAGGCGGUAAAAGAAAAAAGAAAGUUCGUCAGCCCUAACGGGACGUCCCUUCCUUGAAGCGACCUACGUAGACGACUAAUCUGAAUUUCCCCUGUGCUCAGAUAUAUGACCGGAGUCUCAUUGGGUAGGCGGAUUCUCGUAUGGAAAAUAGUAUUGUUUCAUUUGUUGCCCGUGCAACUCAAUCUAUAGCGACGCACACUGGAGAUGUCUUUCCUGUCGAGCUUGCCCGAUUUAGAAGAAACGUCAAACUCUUUAAUAAUGAAUGAGCACGAUCCGUUGAAUCCUGCGGACACCUGUGCGUGCCCGACAGCUGCUGGGUUCAGCAAAGCAGUGUCAGUAUCGUUGGGUCUGGAUUCGGUGACUUCUCCGCUCAACAACAUGAACCAGUGCUCCAGCAGCGCCUUUGCAGACUGCGACCCCACAUGUGGGAAUAGUUCCAGAGGUGCACCAGAGUUAGGGGAAGCUGUAAAUAUGAACUCACAAGGUAACAUAUUUCUACCGAACGACACCAACCUAGGAGAGAACGACUUUGGAGAAGUGUGCCAUCACGGCAUACAACAGGUGAGCUGUAUGGAUCUGCUCAGAUCGGGCGAAAUGGACAGCGGGCAAACCGUAACGCGCGGCCCGGUGAUAUCCAGGUAUGUCUGCAAGGAAUCAAACUUGUUUAUGAACCCGGCGGCCGAGCUGCCCGCAACAUCUCAAGUGGAAGAGAUUUUAUCUUUGAAACCAUAUUCUGCUUACUCUGUAAACCCAAAUAUGUACAGAGAUAGUCUGGGUGUGUGGUGCGCAAACGAGCGCGCAAACAUCAGCAGAUCAGAACCAGCGAGAGGUGGAUCAGGUGGACGUAAUUUGUUGUGUAAAUAUUGUAAUUGCGGUCAAGCCUCUCUUGGAACAAGUCAGGACUGCCACUGCGUCUGGUACAGCAAGAGCGAACAAGGUGGUAAAGGUGGCGUGAGAGCAGCGAUGGCACAAGGGUAUGGCCAAGUGGAAAGUUACCAACGUGCAUUUUCUCACGGGCAGGCCACUUGUCCCACCAUAAAGACCGAACCUCCGAUGUGGAUAGACUGCUCAGAUCGGACUUUCAGGCAUGAGGAUUUGUUUCCAAGUGUGUACCUGUCAGACAGGCGAGUAUGUCAGGUGUGUGGCGACGAUGCAUCAGGUUGUCACUAUGGAGCUGUGACCUGUGGCAGCUGCAAAGUAUUCUUCAAGAGGGCAGCUGCAGGUAAGCAGAACCACCUGUGUGCCAGCCGGAAUGACUGCACCAUCGACAAACUGAGGAGGAAAAACUGUGCAUCGUGUCGCUUAAAGAGAUGCUUCAUGUCAGGAAUGAGCCUUAAAGGUCGUAGGCUGAAGGGAACCGGACAGACAAGGAAUGGUGAGGAGGAGCAACCUUCAGCUCCCUGGGGGCCUGGAGAAAGAGGAGAGAGGCCGGUGAAGAAAGACAUAACGUUGGAGUCCAGAAGUGCAGUUGCCAGGGCUCAAGCAUCCCAAGCCCUGGCUCUACACAUCCCCCCAACUCUGCGCUCCUGCCUAUCCCUGCUUAGUGUUCUGCAGGCCAUUGAGCCAGAUGUAGUCAAUGCUGGACAUGACCCUGCCCAGCCAGACAGCUCUGCCUCCUUGCUAACCAGCCUCAAUGAGCUGGGGGAAAGACAGCUGGUGACCGUGGUGCGCUGGGCCAAGGCGAUGCCAGGUUUCCGUGACCUGCAUGUGGAUGAUCAGAUGACAGUGAUUCAGUUGUCAUGGAUGGGGGUGAUGGUGUUUGCUAUGGGCUGGAGAUCCUACACCCUUACUAACAGCUCCAUGCUCUACUUUGCUCCAGACCUGGUUUUCAACGACCAGCGGAUGCAAGUCUCCACUAUGUAUGAACACUGCGUGCGGAUGAAGUUGCUGUCCCAAAGAUUCUGCAUGCUGAAGGUCACCCAAGAGGAGUUCCUGUGCAUGAAGGCCCUGGUCCUCUUCAGCAUCGUGCCAGUGGAGGGCCUGAAGAGCCAGCGUUGUUUUGAUGAACUGCGGACCUCCUACAUCAAUGAGCUGGACCGUUUGGCCAGCCACCGCGGAGAGACCACCCGUACACAGAGACUGUUCCAGCUCACACAGCUGCUGGACUACCUCCAAUCGAUUGUGAGGAAGUUACACCAGUUCACCUACGAUCUGUUCAUCGAAGCGCAGUCUCUGCAGACACGCGUCAACUUCCCAGAGAUGAUCUCGGAGAUUGUGAGCGUUCAUGUGCCCAAGAUCCUCUCAGGCAUGGUCAAGCCCAUCCUUUUCCACAAUACAGCCUAGAGAGGAGUCUCUGUGAUUACCCUAUUUGACAAUCGGACUCUGGCACCCAGCCCUUCAAGGUGGAAGGUGAAUGAAGUAAAAGCCUAUGUUUACCUGCAGGGUGACAGUGAGGGGACACUGAGGCUAUGAAAGCAAACUAAAUGAAGGGAAUACAACACACUGUUAUCUAAUUACAUCUGCUCCGUUCUUGUUUUUGCCUGUUCUCUGUAGCACACAUAUCAAAUGAUUACAACACUUUUCUAGCAUGCAUUCCUUCCCAUGACCUCAUGAAUGUCAAGCAACCUGGCAUGUAGACUCCUGCAACUGAAUAUUUCAUUUCGAAAGUUAAAACAGUAGCAAGACCUUUUUAUUUACAGAGUUCACAUCACUGUA